AUGUGGAAGAAGCCUUGGUAUUACGCUACGUUGAACAACUAUAAUAGAGAAAACGUGUCACCUUUGAAGACCAAUUUUUGCAGAACAAUAAACGUUAUUAUCAAAAUACAUUUGCACAUCCAGGCCAUAUAUAUACACAGUCAUAUCGUUAUGAGAUCUAUUAUUAUUUAUAGUUUGGCAGCGAGAAUGUGCAAGUUUUGGUGCGUUUUAACCAUAGGAUUUUUACUAAUCAAUGUUUCUAAUGGGAAUCAAAAUAAAAACUUUUUAUCUGAAGAAGAUAAAAGGGGUGCAAUAAAUGAAAUCGACUCGAAAUCGAAACGAGAUUUGCCUAUUGCUUCUGGUAGCAGCAAACGAUAUUAUGGAGAUUAUGAUUCCAACAGAUACGGUGGAAGUGGGUAUCCUCACACGUCAGGGCUAGGAAAUUAUGGAGAUGAUAGAAGACCGUCAACUUACUACGAAGACGACUAUCAUCAUUCUGGUGGUGGUGGUUAUAGUAGGCCUAGCUACGGUUCUGGUUAUGGACCACCUCCGGUAUACCAUCAUGGAGGAGGUUACGAAGACGACCAUUAUUAUAACGAACACCAAGUAAUCCAACGACCAGCAACCAUGAAUAAUAAUUUACUAGUAAUUUGUUCAUUAUUGCUUUUUUUGUGUACGGUUCAAGCACGAAAUCAAUGUUUUGUCACCAAAUUUGAAGAUGUGGCAAAUGCGACAAAGAAUUGCCAAAAUAUUUUAGUAGGCAAUUUGACAGUACCUGCUGGAAAAACUUUGGUUUUGGACCUUUUGCCUGGAGCCACAGUGAAUUUCAUUGGAAACGUUACUUUUGGUUUUGAAAAUUGGGUCGGCCCUUUGAUGAGAGUUUAUGGAAAUAACGUUACAGUUCAAGGAGAAGAUGGUCACAUCAUCAAUGGCCAAGGCGAACUCUACUGGGACGAUUUAGGAAGCUGGGGAACCCUUAAACCGAAAUUCAUGAUAGUCCAAGCAAAUGCAUCUGUAUUCAAAAACCUCCAUUUGUACCACGCCCCGAUGCACGGAGUGGCCAUCAACAAUUCCCACAAUGUAGUUUUCACAAAUUUCCUUAUCGACAAUGCAGCUGGAGCUGAAAAUGUGGCUCCGCUAGGUCAUGCCGGCCACAACACUGACGGUUUUGGUGUGAACAUGAGCACAAAUGUUGUCAUAAAAGAUUCUAGAGUGUAUAAUCAAGACGAUUGUGUUGUUUUGAAUUCAGGCUCGAACAUUCAUGUAACAAAUAUGCUCUGCUAUGGGAGCCACGGAUUGAGCUUAUCAGUUGGUUUCAGUAAUGAUAGUGUGGCACGUAACUCAUUGACCAAUGCACUUAUUGAAAACUCUACAAUUAUCGACGCGAUGGAUGGGAUUCACGUAAAAACCCACAUCGAUGCCGGAGUUGGAGAAGUCACUAACGUUACUUAUAGAAAUAUUGUAAUGCUAGGUAGUUAUAAGUUUGGCAUUUCCGUAGAACAAAACUACACUAAUACAAAGUCAGCUGGUAAAGGAGCUAUUCCUUUAAACAAUAUUCCCAUAACAGGAUUGAAUAUGUAUAAUAUUAAAGGCACAGUGCAAAAUAAAGCACAACCCUAUUACAUUGUUUGUGCCCAAGAUGGUUGUUUGGAUUGGGAUUGGGAUGAUAUUAGUGUUUAUGGUGAAAAAGAGAGUAGUUGUGUGAAUUUACAUCCAGAUGCUAUUUCUUGCACUGAUUAUGUUUUGUAGAUAACAUUCUUGCAUCGAAAUUAAACAGCUGUAUGUAUUUAUAAAUAAAUCCUCAAUACACUCUAGCUGUUUCUGUUUGCAUUUACAAUAAAUAGGUGAAAAG